AUGAUUCCGGCGAACAGAACCAAAGCUCUUUUAACAAUCCUGACACAAACCAAAACACUACACCAUACUCAGCAAGUUCACGCCAAGGUCAUAAUCCAUGGAUUAGAAGAAGAAGUUGUUCUGGGAUCCAGUGUCACUAACGCUUAUAUCCAAUCGGAUCGUCUCGAUUUCGCUACUGCUUCUUUCAAUCGAAUCCCUUCCUGGAAGAGGAAUCGACAUUCGUGGAAUACGAUUCUCUCUGGUUACUCCAUAUCCAAGAAUUAUGGUGAAAUCUUAAGACUUUACAACCGAAUGAUGAGGAAUUGUGAUGGAUCCGUCGACAGUUUCAAUUUGGUAUUUGCGAUUAAAGCUUGUGUUGGUUUAGGUCUUUUGGAAAAUGGGUUGGAGAUUCACGGCUUGGCGAUGAAGUGUGGGUUGGAUAAGGACGAUUACGUUGCUCCGUCGUUGGUUGAGAUGUAUGCACAAUUCGGUACUAUGGAAAGUGCGCAGAAGGUGUUCGACGAAAUUCCUGUGAGAAACUCAGUACUAUGGGGAGUUUUGAUGAAAGGGUAUUUGAAAUACUCCAAGGACCCAGAAGUAUUCCGUUUGUAUAAUCUCAUGAGAGGCACAGGUUUUGUGCUCGACGCGCUUACUUUGAUAUGUUUGGUAAAGGCUUGUGGAAAUACUUUUGCUGGCAAAGAAGGGAAAUCAGUGCAUGGAAUGUCCAUUAGAAGGAGCUUUAUAGAUCAGAGUGGUUAUUUACAAGCCUCGAUCAUAGAUAUGUAUGUGAAAUGCGGAUUGUUGGACAACGGCCGAAAACUUUUUGAAAAAAGUGGUGAUAAGAAUGUGGUAAUGUGGACUACUCUGAUUUCUGGAUUUGCAAAGUGUGCGAGAGCUAUGGAAGCAUUUGAUCUGUUCAGGCAGAUGCAGGGAGAAUCGAUACCUCCAAAUCAGUGUACUUUGGCAGCCCUUCUUGUUUCUUGCUCGAGCUUGGGAUCUCCAAGGCACGGGAAAAGUGUUCACGGCUACAUGAUAAGGAAUGAGAUUGAAAUGGACGCUGUAAAUUUUACAGCUUUCAUUGAUAUGUAUGCCAGAUGCGGUAAUAUUCAAAUGGCUCGGAAAGUUUUUGAUAUGAUGCCAGAGAGAAAUGUGAUAUCUUGGAGCUCGAUGAUUAAUGCUUUUGGGAUAAAUGGUCUGCUGGAAGAAGCUCUGGAUUGCUUUGAUAAAAUGAAGUCGCAGAAUCUAGUUCCAAACUCCGUGACAUUUGUUUCGCUUUUGUCAGCCUGUAGCCACUCGGGAAACGUCCAAGAAGGAUGGAAGCAGUUUGGAUCGAUGACAAGCGACUACGGGAUUGCGCCAGAGGAAGAACAUUACGCAUGUAUGGUAGAUUUGCUAGGUCGAGCUGGUAAAAUUGGGGAAGCUAAGUCUUUUAUUGACAACAUGCCUGUGAAACCAAUGGCCAGUGCUUGGGGAGCUCUUCUGAGUGCAUGUAGAAUCCAUAAAGAAGUCGACUUGGCAGAAGAAAUUGCAGAGAAGCUCUUAUCAAUGGAACCCGAUGAAUCAAGCCUCUACGUCUUGCUUUCUAACAUAUAUGCUGAUGCUGGGAUGUGGGAGAUGGUGAAUCAUGUGAGACGGAAAAUGGGCAUCAAACGAUAUCGAAAACCCAUUGGACUAUCUGCCACUGAAGUCUGCUAG